AUGAACUUCAGGAUUGCAUCUGCUAGGGGCUGGUUCAGCAGCCGUCCACCCACCGCUGAGCCUGAUCUGGAACCUGCCACAGAUGGGCCAGCCUCUGAGACCACUACCCUCAGCCCAGAAGCCACCAGCUUGAAUGACACCAGAAUCCCUGAUGUGGCUGGUGGUACAGCCGGCGUGGGUACCAUGCUUCUGUCCCUUGGGAUCAUCACGGUGAUUGGCCUGGCUGUGGCCAUGGUUUUAUACAUCAGGAAGAAAAAGAGGCUGGAGAAACUACGCCACCAGCUCAUGCCCAUGUACAGCUUCGACCCCACAGAGGAACAAGAUGAGCUGGAGCAGGAGCUGCUGGAGCACGGGCGGGAUGCUGCUUCCAUGCAGGCUGCUGCUUCCGCGCAGGCCGCACAGGGCAAGGCCAUUCUUCCCUCCCAGGGCCCACUGCAGAGGCCCAGCCGGCUGGUGUUUACUGACGUAGCCAACGCCAUCCAUGCGUAA